CGUGUGAGUGAGUGUGUGUGUGCGUGUGUGUGUGUGUGCGAGCGCGCGGGCGCGUGUGUGUGUAUUCGUUUGUACGAGGAAGAGGGAGAGAGUGUGAGAGUAUCUGUUCGCUUCGCUCUCCAAAAAGGAAAGAAAGGAAAGGGGGAAAAAAACCGCCUGGACGUCUUUUUCAUCCCGAAACAUUUUUUUUUAGGAAUGAACGCCGAGACGUGCGUUUCAUACUGCGAAAUGACAUCCAUGGAUUCGUAUUAUAGCCCAUCCGCACCUCAAGGUAGGGAUCACCAGGCGAACCCUUUCAGGACAUUCCAGGCGAGUGACACCAAAUACAGCCCCGCUUUCCUGACCAACAAAGGUCAGGCGUUCGGGGAAAAAUCAGUGAGCCCGUUCCAGCAGGAAUGCCAGUCAUUGGAUGCCACCGCUGGGGAAGGCACCUUUAACAAAUACCACCUCUUCAUGCAGAGGUCCUCCUGCAAAACUCCCCCAGACGGCAGCAAGCUCCAGCAGGAAAGCGGACACAACGGAGGGCUCGUCGCGUGUUACGGUAAAGACAGCACAGUGCUGACAGAUUCCGAGUUACCCCAAAACAGUGAUCCUGCAGGGAUGGAUGGCAGCUACCUCAGCGUAAAGGAGUCAGGAGUGAAAAGCCCUCAGCAGCCAAACUCAGAGCUGUCUUCUCCUUUAGACAAGGUCGAGGGAGAGAGCAACAAGGGCAAGAAAAGACGCAACCGUACCACCUUCACAAGCUAUCAGUUAGAGGAGCUGGAGAAAGUCUUUCAGAAAACACACUAUCCCGACGUCUACGCCCGGGAACAGCUUGCGCUGAGGACCGACCUGACAGAAGCUCGAGUACAGGUGUGGUUCCAAAACCGCAGAGCCAAGUGGCGGAAGAGAGAGCGUUUCGGACAGAUGCAGCAGGUCCGGACACAUUUUUCCACGGCCUACGAAUUGCCUCUUCUCACUCGGCCUGAGAACUACGCUCAGAUUCAGAACCCUUCUUGGAUAGGCAGCAGCAGUGCGGCAUCUCCGGUGCCCGGCUGCGUUGUACCCUGCGACUCGGUCACUUCUUGCAUGCCGCCUCAUCCACAUGCUGCUAGCGGAGUGUCUGACUUCUUGGGUGUGCCCAGUCCCGGAGGUCACAUGGGACAGACACACAUGGGCAGCUUGUUUGGGAGUCCAGGCAUGAGCACUGGCAUUAAUGGGUAUGAUCUAAACAUGGACCCCGACCGGAAAUCCUCCAGCAUCGCGACCCUGAGAAUGAAAGCUAAAGAACACAGCGCAGCCAUCUCUUGGGCAACAUGACUUCCACAAGAUCAGGACAUUAUCUCCGAGUCCCUCAGCAAAUAAGAGAAGGAGCAGCAAAUGUGAACAUCAGUUAGCCACAAAAGCAUGACCUGGGAACAAGGAGUGCAUGGAUUGACAACAAAAAGAAAAAGUAAGAGAGAUACCAGGAGAUUUAUUUCCAUUUGAAGUCUAGAGAGACAAGAGAAAAUCAGAGAUCAUAAAACUGAGAAUUUUCUGGCUUUGAAACAAGAAAGAAAUACAAGAAAGAUGACAGAAACUUGACAUCUGAAUGCAUACAAGAAUUAAAUGAAAAAGGAAAAAAAUCAAUAGAAAAAAACCCACUGCACUUAUCCGCCACUAGUGUCCCAUUUGUAAACACCCGUAAAUUUAUCUAAACGCAUCUGGCUUCAUUUUCAUCUCGGUAUAAUCAAAACCUGUUAAAUUCUUCUUCUGUCACAGACUCCUUUUCUCCUUUUCUCAAAUAUGCCAUCUCUGCCUAGACAGUUCCAAAGAAAUGACAAUAGAGUUUCUCACAGUAAAAACUUUCCUAUUGUAGGCUUUAUUCAAACAAAUAUGCAGCAGUAAUCUAGGUAAACUAAACUUGCUUUUUAUAUUAACUCAUUGAUCACUACAACUACACUACACCACAACUAGUUUGUUCAAAUAUAAUUGCACUGGUCAUAUAGAAGUCUAUAGACGAUUUGAAACAGGCAAGUACUACCUUUAAUACAUUUGAGCAAAGGUCUAUUUGGAGUUGUGCAUCAGUCCAGAAAAGAAAGGCAUACCUAUCCCACAGGAAACUAGGCACCCAAAGGAUGCUUCCACUUGCCUUGAUUAACUGUAUGCCCCCCACUACCAGUAGUCUCAGGAAAAAAAUAAAAGUGCAAUCGGCUAGUGCAAAUCCAAAGUUAAUCACUGUCUAAUUACAGGUGGUUGUCACUAUCCAUACUGCAAUCUCUCUUUCUCUUCUUUGCAACCACAUUUCAAUUUCUUUUUGGAAGAAAACGUUGUCCUAAAACCUUUUGGCAAAAUUUGACAGCAGCACACUGAGAGAUACAAAUCUUGGAUCCAUCAAACAAACUGUCAAAUUGACUGUCAAACAUAACUAAGAAAUACAAUCUACAUAGAAUGAAGGAUGCAAAAAUAGAUUGAGAAAGUUUUCUUUGUGUUUUGAAUAUCACGAAACACUUGCAUUUUUUUUACCCAGCAAACGUUGGUUCCUUAACUACUCUGCCUUAGUCCCUGCUAUAUAAUAUGUACAGUGUUGGGGCUUUCUGAAAUUUGAGCCAUGCUUUAUUAAUUUUUUGGCAGAAGUCCUCAUUGCACCCUCUCAAAUCUGGGCAUCAUCCAGCAUGGCUCUGAUUGGGUGGAAGCAAUACUGGGCUUCGGCAUGUAAUCACUGACAUUCCCAUGCACCGAGGUGACAGAAAUAUAAAGCAAGCACUAUUGCAAGGUACAACAAGCUUUUUGCUUUUCUAGAGUCAGAUUUAGAUCAGGUAAAACAAAGCUGUUUGAAAUCUGGAGACGAAUCCGAUACAUUCUGCCCUUUGGAGAAGCCAUUUCUAAUUUGUAAAUGAGAAACACAUUUCCUUUCCUCCAUUCUGCUGUGCAGCUUAUCUAGAUCCCUGGAGAUACUUAUACACACACAACCUUUUUUAUUAUAAUACCAGAGCAGUGACUUACCUGGUUUGAGGGGAUUACAACAUGGAAUCAAGUUAUGUAUCAAGUUCUGUUUUAGAAUGACAGAAAACUAGGCUUCCAUUACCUAAAAGUUUUUAAACAAAAACUCAAAUAUAUAAUGCACUGGAUGCAAUAUGAUAUUAAACCUUGUAACAUAACCUCACUGCCAAAAGUUAAUUAGAAAUCACCUGCUUACUGCUGCUCAGUCUUGUGCCACAUGGCCUGGAUAUACGAUAUGUAAAAUGUAGGGGCUUCCUGAAGUUUGAGCCAUGCUUCAUUAAUUUUUUGGCAUAAGUUGUCAUUGCAUCUCAUGACUGAGCAUCUCUUCACUUAACAUAGCAAGGGACCUGUAAAAAAAAAAAAAAAAAAACCCAGUGAUAAUGUUAAUGAGCUUUUCAUUAAGACUAAAACCAUCCAUCCUUCACCAAAUCCAUCUGCCAGAGAAACAGUUCAACCUCCAAUCCUCAUUGAGAGCCUCAAGGAGUCCUGACACUCUCAAUUUGGCCUUUAAGAGGUUGCCGAGAGGGUGAAAUGACUACAGUGUUCCGGUGUUCUGGGAAAGGACAAUCCACACAGCUGUGUGCGGGGUAAAUGCAAAACAAACAUGCCUCGCACAUGCUUCCCCUUCAGCUGUCAUGGCUCUUCUUUCAAAGCCCCAUGCUGAACACGGCCUGGCCUGCUACUCCAGCCAAAGCAUCAGCCCUCAGCGACUCUGAGUCAAUGCACACCCGUGCUCUCAGGCAGACUUUUUAAUUAACACCGAGACAUCUGUGGAGAGGGAUUCUGUGACAGAACAGAGCAGAGUGGGCUCCGUGUUAGCCUAUCUUUAACUAUUGUGGAACCAAGAGGGGCGUCGAUGAAGCUCAGGUCAAAACUAUCAUUAGUUUGUGUAGUAUCAGCACACAUAUACACUUCUGUAGCAUUAAAUGAGCUAAUCUGCAGAUAACAGAACGCAAGUCAUCACAUUUGCUUUCGAUACUCUUGUAUUUCAUUCAAAAGGUAAAUCAGCAGGACGUGUAAAACGGUCAUCAAAACGGUUCUGUAGAGAACAUUGUACAGUACUCAAAGUGUCAGAUAGUACCUUGCAGAUGCCUAUGAGUUACAGAGAUUCUUAAGUCUCUGUCCCAUCUCCUAAAACUUAUACUACUGAAGUAGGCAUAUCCAAGUACUAGAAUAAUAUAAUGCUUUGUUUUGUGUGUGGUCGCAUGUACGGUUUUCUUUGGAUUCCUUUCUUGCAUAAAAUACCCUUGGAGCCUUUCUUUUGUAAAAAACAAAAAAAAAAAAAAAAAAUCAUUAUUAGAAAUAUAUUAUUUUAUGUGUGACUGAGGUUUCUUGCUUUUGUUGUAUUCUGGGUCUGGGGAUAAAAUGCGAUAAAUCUCGGUUUUUGGUAUGCAAAUGAACUUAAAAUAAUUGUGAUGGCUUUAAGCUAAAUGUAUGGCUUUUGAAUCAUUUUUAUUAAUUAUUUACUUUCAGGCUUGUUUAUGUUCUAUAUAUAUUGUGUGAUUUACAACCGUAAGUUAUUGCACUUACAUUUUUGUUUGAAUUGCUUUGAGAACAUCUGAUUCAAGUGGAAUAGCACUAUAAAAUAUGCAUACUCAAUCAACUGUCAAGUACUUUGAGAACAUAAUGGUAAAGUACCGAGGGCUGGCAAACUGUUUAAUAUUCAUGUGCUUUUUCAGAUUGGUUUCAAAUCUAAAAAACAGACUAGAAGGAGUUGUAAAAUUUGUUUAAACUUGGAACCAAAUCCCUUGGAAUUUUUUUUUUCCUGGGACAUUUGACAUUCUCAGAGCCGGAUGUAACAGUCAUCUUACGUGAUUAAAGACAUACUGAAGACAUGAAUUUCCUGUUGGCUAAAGACUGCUUUUAACAAGGCUUUCCAUUAAUGGGUUAAAAAAGCCAACAUUUAAAAGUUUAACCAUUACAGGUGCUGGGUAUUCUACUGUGGAUGUUUCAUUUCAUUUGACAUUUUCUGUGUGCUCAUUUUUGUUUGUUUCUCUAA